AUGGGCACCAUCUACUUUACUGUGCACUCUGGCGUCAGCGACUACGAUGCUACCGUAGCCACAUCAGUCAAAGAGGCAGUGAAUAACUCUUUUAAAUCAGAAGUCAUCGCCAUGCUUGAUGGCCGCACCUCUCUCUACCAGCCGAACGAACCAAGGAUCUUCAAGCUGCGCGCAGACAGCAAUAUCGCCUCAGAGACGGCCCCGAACGAGACAAGCGGCUAUGUCCAGUACAUCUUGUCAGAGAAGGAUACCCUUGAAAAGCACGUCAAUGUAUUACUAGAUUACUUCGCCUCUCAAUUGAUCCUCAUUGGCAUCGUCGAAUGA